AUGUCUGCCUCCGAAAAUGUGAAGCCACCUGUUGGUGAGAGCUUCGCUGACAACCGUUCCGUCUCCGAUUCGUCCGAUACCAGCAAUGAAGAGGGUUGGGAAGAUGUUGAAGCCGAUGAGGAGUCGCAGCCCGUGGUUGGACUUUUCUCCGAGCAGGUGUACCCAGAUGCGCGGUCAAUGCUGAAGGAAUGCAAGGAAAAGUACAACUUUGACUUGCUCAAAAUCCAGAAAGAUCUUGACCUCGACUUCCUUGACAACAUCAAGCUGGUCAACUACGUCCGAAGCGAAGUGAAGAACGGAAACAGCAACCCGGAUGUCUCAUCCAAGUCCAAGUUCGAGGACGAUGCCUACCUCAAGCCCGUUUUGGAAGAUGACGCUCUUCUGUACAGCUUGGAUGACCUGACCGAAGAGCAAGGCGACGAAUCUGCCCCUAGCGCCGAAACCAACCGACAGGUCAAUGAACUCCAGGAGAAGCUGGAGCAGUUGCAAACUCAAUUCUCCGAGUACCGUCAGGCCGUGCAGAAAUCUAUGGAUGACCAAUUGUCAAAGGAGGACGAGAAGCUUGCCGAGGCUACUUCCAAGCCCUCGGCGCACACCGUUGAUAGACUCCAGGAAGCUGAUGACGGUUACUUCGUCUCGUACGCUUACAACGCUAUCCAUGAGUCUAUGCUCAAGGAUGCCGUUCGUACCGAUUCUUACCGUGACUUUGUGUACGAGAACAAGAACGUUUUCAAGGACAAGGUUGUCCUUGAUGUUGGAUGUGGAACUGGUAUUCUGUCCAUGUUCUGCGCCAAGGCUGGCGCAAAGAAGGUCAUUGCCGUGGACAACUCGAACAUCAUUGAUCGUGCUAAGGAGAUUGUUCACGACAACGGCCUCGGCGAUGUGAUCACAUGCAUCCGUGGUAAGAUCGAGGAGGUCACACUCCCCGUCGAGAAGGUCGACAUCAUUAUCUCUGAAUGGAUGGGAUACGGUCUUUUGUUCGAGGCCAUGUUUGACUCUGUCAUCUACGCCAGAGAUCGUUACCUUGUUCCCGGUGGUCUCAUGGCUCCCUCGCAUGCCACCAUGCGUCUGGCUCCUUAUGCCGACCCCGACUUCAUCGCAUCCCACAUCUCCUUCUGGAACAACGUGUAUGGUUUCAAGAUGGACAGCAUGCUUCACAAGAUCUACGAUGAGGCAGUGGUGCGCAGCAUCCAGCCUCAGUCCAUCGUUGGAGACUCCCAAAUCUUCUUGACACUUCCUCUCCACACCAUUACUGUCGAGGAGCUGUCGUUCCUGAAGGAGUUCCAGGUCACUCUGGACCAGGACAUCGAUGCAUUGGAUGGCUGGGCUAUCUGGUUCGAUAUCUUCUUCAUGCCUUCCAGCGAGUCUGUUCUUCCUGAAAACGCAAUUCCUUCAGAGAUGUCCAAGAAGGGAGUUGUUUCGUUCACCACUGGACCUCACGGAACCGAGACACACUGGCAGCAGACUGUCCUGCUCAUUGAUCACGCCAAGGACAAUGCCAAGCAGGGUUCUCAGGCUUUGAAGAAGGGCCAGGUCCUCUCUGGCAAGGUCGGCUACGAGAAGACCGAGAAGGGCUCUCGUGGAGUUGACAUUAGUGUCCAGUGGGAUUCUAGCAGCACUGAGAAGGGUGUCCAGCUUUGGAGCCUCCAAUAG